AGUUAUCAUCGAGAGCGUGGGAAGUAUGGGGGGACGUUGCGGUAGGAGUCGGGCUCGGGGGAAAGCGUUUCGCAAAGGGCGCGAGGGCCCUGACGGGCGAGUAGUGAGAGAGGCCAAGCGCGGUGGCGACCCCGACUGUCGUGCCACGCAGACUGCCACGACAUCAUCAAAUCAAAUCAAUAUUGCGUCCCAUCUCGAAGUUGUUACCGUGAUCAGUACUGUGUCUCCCUUGGAGGAGGUGAGGUUUGGCGGCGUGCGCGCCUCGCCUCAAUGUAGGCGGCGGUUUGGCGGCGUUCACGCCAAAGACCCUUUGGAGCUGCGUCGCCCAUUGCAACGUAUGCGAAGCUGCAACUUAAAUGCAACAGCAGCAUACGUACAAAUAUCGGAGACCGGAGAAAGCAGGGCACUUUUUUCGAGCUCCACUGGUUGUUGUGGAUUCCAUACGUUGUUGUACCCUGGCGGUAACUGUGGAGCAAGCGGUGAAGCGGCGUUGUCGAUGACCUCUGUCUGGGCUAGUGAGCUCUGCUGCAGGUUCGCUGGCCGGACGUGGGCAGCGUUCGGCAGCGGAAAUGCCUGUAGAAGCCAUCGCUGGGCGGGGAGAAAUGGCGGAUUUCGGGCUGGUCUAGGUUGUGCUAUCGAUCGGUCGGUCAGCUUUCCGGUCGCUACGCCAGCGGGAUUGCGGCGGAGCAUCAGCUACAGAGGAAGGAGGAGGGCGGGGACGGGGAAGUUGCUGCGCGAAGUGGACCAGGUGCGACGUCGAGAGCUGCGGUUCGUUGGUGUUGAUCGCGGCUUGCGCUUCCUGCGGACUCAGCUGGCCCGGACGACUAGCCGCUCUCGAUCUUGCCGGAGGAAACCUCUGUUUGAAACUCGCGGGCUACGCUCUUCUUGUCGUGGAGCUCCUUCGAAGGUAGAGAGCUCGCAGACUCGUGGUCGUCGUUUGCGGCAUGGAGAGACUGGAUUGAGCUUUGCCGACGGAGCCUACGAUCGCCUCCCGCCGCUGGUGAGACACGUGUCUGCGCCAUUUUCGCCGCAGGUACGUGCCCGUUUGCGCCGACCUGUUUGCGCCUGUUUUGCUUCGAGCUCGACCAUCCCAGAUUCCAUCGACGAAGACGACGUCGAAGAAGAAGACGACUCCGCUUCUCCUGCCUUGCUCGGUGUUGAAGACCACCUUUCUGGUGUUCCCGCAGGAUUGGCUGUCCGUUCUCCGCGGCCACUGGUCCAUAGCGAGGAGGGCCUGGAAGAAAUGGCGGCGGGCAUCUUCACUGGAGAACUGCCAUCGCCUAUGGCGAUUGUCGACGGCAAACUCAUGGUGCACGGGACAUCGAUCCUCACGGAAGUGCCAAACAAUGUCAUAAUUUCCCCUGAUGAGACUAUGUGGGGUGCCACCGGGGCUUUCCUAGGAGCCGAAUUCGACAGUUCCAGCAGCCGCCACGUGGUGUCCUUGGGUGUUCUGCGGGAUCUUCGAUUUGUGUGCUGUUUUCGUUUCAAGCUGUGGUGGAUGGCCCAGGGAGUGGGUUCGCGGGGGAAGGACGUGCCAGUGGAAACUCAGUUUUUAUUAGUCGAGGGAUCGGAGACGGAGGAGAGUGCCCUCGGUAAUCGCACUGGCAGUAGCGACUCGUUGUCUGAGCUGCUGGCUGGUGGAGGUGUUUUUGGCGCUGGCCAGGUUGACGAGACGGCCGCUCAUGGGAAGAGAGUGUACACGGUAUUCCUGCCGCUCUUGGAGAAGGCUUUCCGGGCCUGUUUACAUGGCAACGAGAAAGAUGAGCUGGAGCUUUGUAUUGAAAGUGGUGAUCCUGCUGUCGAAACCAAAAGCGCUGCUGCUGCCGUUUAUGUGUCUUCUGGUAGAAACCCUUUCAACGUGAUUACUGAUGCUGUGAGCCUGGCGGAGGGAGGAGCACCAGCCCGAUUUGUGAUCAUUGAUGACGGGUGGCAGUCCACUGGAAGGGACCAUGAUGAUAAUGCUGCAGAUGGUGCAGUCACGGCCGGAACACAGUAUGCCCGAAGGUUAACAGCAUUGAAGUCCAACAGAAAAUUUCUGAAGGAAAAGGUGGAUGACAGUUCAGAUGAGGCGUCUAGUGACAGCUCAGGGGAUGCAGCGGCUGUACCUGGCAACUUUGGACACUUUGUGAAGAACAUAAAGAACAAGUUCAAUCUGAAGUAUGUGUAUGUUUGGCAUGCUCUCACCGGGUAUUGGGGAGGAGUUUGCCCCAACUCCGUGGAGAUGGAGCACUACACCCCUUCAUUGAAGUUUCCAGUCCCUUCUCCGGGAGUCUUGGUGAACCAGCCAGAUAUGGCAGGGGACAGUUUGACACUCAAUGGGCUGGGCCUUGUGCAUCCGGGGAAGGCGUUUGACUUCUUCAAUCAGUUGCAUGCCUACCUUGCAGCUUCUGGCGUUGAUGGUGUCAAAGUGGACGUGCAGAACAUUCUGGAAACCCUUGGGGCUGGGUUUGGAGGACGUGUUGAGAUCACAAAGAUGUAUCACAAAGCUCUGGAGGAGUCUAUCCGCCAAAAUUUCCCUGAUAACGGCUGCAUUGCCUGCAUGAGCCAUAACACAGAUGGCCUCUACAGUGCAAAGCAAACUGCUGUAGUGAGAGCUUCGGAUGAUUUCUGGCCAUCCGAUCCAGCAGCACAUACUGUCCACAUAUGCUCUGUUGCAUACAACAGUCUCUUCCUGGGAGAGUUCAUGCAGCCAGACUGGGACAUGUUUCAUAGUCAUCAUCCAGCUGCAGAGUUUCAUGCUGCUGCUCGAGCCAUUGGAGGAUGUGCCGUGUAUGUGAGUGACAAGCCUGGCAACCACGAUUUCGGAGUUCUGAGGAAGCUGGUUUUGCCUGAUGGUAGAAUACUGCGUGCAAGACUUCCGGGGCGCCCAACUCGGGAUUGCCUGUUUGUUGACCCACUAAGAGAUGGAUGCAGUCUGCUGAAGAUCUGGAACGUGAAUGUUGCGGGUGGGGUUGUGGGCGCCUUCAAUUGCCAGGGAUCUGGCUGGUGCAGGACUGGGAUGAAGUACGUAAUCCAUGACCCGACGCCCGGGCAUGUGUCAGGUCAUGUCAAGGCAGCUGAUGUGGACAGCCUCGGAGCCCUGGUAGCAGACGAUGGGUGGAAUGGCGAUACUGCUGUAUAUUCCCACCGUGGAGGGGAACUGAUCCUGCUUCCUCGGGGGCAGAGUGUGCCAGUCAGUUUGGCCGUGCUUGAAUUCGAGGUCUUCACAGUUGCGCCAACUAAGGCUGUUGCCCCAGGUGUGUUUUUUGCGCCGAUAGGGUUGGUGGACAUGUUCAACUCAGGAGGUGCCAUUCUGUUCAUGAAGUAUUCGGCAGAUUCAGAGGGGGAGUGCAGCCAUGAGGGGCAGCACCAAGUGCAUGCGACCAGAGCUAAUGAUGCUUCCGUGUCGUCUGAGAGUGUAACAAUGGCAGUACGUGGUUGCGGCCGAUUUGUUGCGUACUCCUCUGAAACACCCAAGGCAUGCAUGAUCGAUAACAAUUCAACCAGUUAUUCGUACUCGGACGAUGAUCAUCGCCUGUCUCUUGAGCUUGGGAAACCUGUUGAUGGGCACGUUUGGACGGUCAAGAUCUGUUACUAGCCUCCUUUUCUUUUCUGUAUAGCAAUUGCCACAUGGUAUGGUUGUAAUGUAUCAAGAUUCAAGAUCUUCUACUAGCUUUAUCAGCUUCUUUCUGUGUAGAUACUAGAGAGUAUCACAUGGGUGUAGUGUGGUUGGCGUCGUCGGUUGACAUUGAGAUGCGUGGACAACGGGUAUGUUUGUUCGCUCCUUCCUUUCAGGAAUGCCCUGGGCUUUGUAUUCUUUCAUUGUCGCUGUGAUGACUUCUCAUACAGUGUGAAGGGAGAAACUGACGGGCAGGAACUUGAUUGCUUGCCAACGAAUAUCCUCAGUGUUAAGGUGUAGUUGUUUGUUUCGCUUCAUUUUUAUUAUUCAGGUGUUUGGGUCGUGUGGGUAGCUUGUAGUCUGAAGGGCAGUACCCCAGUUAGGGUUGGCGUUCACCUUGUCGUGAUAGAUUGCUGAGCCUCAGAGAUUUGAGGUGCUGAAUCAUAUACCCACUAUUCAGUUACCAUUCUGAGGUGCUGAAUCAUGUAUCCACCAUUCAGUUAGCAUUGGGUGUCUCCAUCAGAUAUGAAGCAGCACCCAGUAGCUGGAGCUGUGAUAAUAUACUGGCAAUUAAGAGUGUUGGAGAUGUGUGUGUAAUACUGUGUAUGUGUGUGUGGGGAGAGAGAGAGAGAGAGAGAGAGAGAGAGAGAGAGAGAGAGAGAGAGAGAGAGCACCAUUUAGUAUUGGAUGCCUCCAUCAGAUAUGAAGCAGCACCCAGUAGCUGGAGCUGUGAUAACAUACUGGCAAGCAGGAGUGUGGGAGAGAUUGGAGAGAGGGAGAGAGAGAGAGAGAAUAUGAAAGCGGCACAAAGAUGCUGAACAUAUAAAGGGAAACUAGAUAUCGGACCUGUGGCAACUUGCAAGCAGUAAUAUGAGAGAGAGAGAGAGAGAGAGAGAGAGAGAGAGAGAGAAUGGUUGACAUGCUGAAGCAGCCUCCUGAAAAACAGCAGCCGUUGUCUGUUCCUCUUUACUCUGUUGCUGAUGAGGUCCCACACUGUAGCGAGCAUUCUUUGAAGCCAGUGCUUUAUUUCCGUCGGCUUUGCACCAGCUGGAUCAGCCUCCUGAAAAGUAGUGUCAGUUGCUUGUUCUGCUAUGCUUUGCUGCUAGAGCUUUGACAAGCAUUCUCCUAAGCCAGUGCUUUAUUUCCAUCGGCUUGGCAAUCAAGCUGUUCCAACUACAAUCUAUGGGUCUUCUCUCCGGGAUUUCUUGAUCUGCUUCCAUCAGUGGCGAGUUUUCUUGUUACUUUCAAGGCAAUGUUGUUCUGUGAUUUAUGCAGCACCAGAAUUGUGGCACCACCCUUGUUGAUUAGAUGUCCUGGACGGAGGGGAGGAUAUUUAAGCUCUUGGAAGUUCGAAUGUAUUUGCGCUGAUGGAACAGAUAAGCAUGCUGUGCAUGAACUUUUGGAUUUGGAGUGCGUCUUCAAUGUCACAUCGGCAGUGGUAAAAUCUUAUACUGCACAUGCCGGCGAAGUGGCAAAAGUUGCUGUGAAAGUUGUGGCGAGUUGCUGUGAAAGUUGCGGCGAAACUGAUUCUGGUCGUUUGCAUCUGGCUUCUGUCUGCUCGAUCUGCCUACCAGGAAGGGCUUGUUGAUGUCAGUAGUGUGAUGGAGAGUACCACGAUUGAAGCCCUGGGUGGCAUUGCUUUGUGUCGAUUUGGAAAGGAAGAGGGAUGUGCCCCUGCACAAGGAUGACAUGCAUAAAUUGAGGAACGGUCCAAAAAAAAAAGGGAAAAAAGGAAGGAAGAGGGAUGUGGCUGAUGUGGCUCAAAUGCUGCUGCAUUCAACAUGAUUGAUGCACACGUUUUUGUUGCACUUUUUCCCUCCUUUCAUUAUUGGUUCGCUUGUUUUCUUGACUUCGUAUGAAUCGAUAGAAUUUGUGUAUGAUAGGUUUUCAACUUCUUAAUACUUGUGCGUAGGUCCUUUUAUGCUUAUUUGCCAGUAGGGAGCUAAGGAGUGAAUGACUCUU